CAAGGCAAAUUGGUUGUCCUAGUGCCGCAAAUCCCCUGAAUUGCCUAUCACACAGCAACUUCCCCCCUCGCGCUCUGUGACUCUCCCUCUGUCUGCUGUCAGCUUCGCCACGUGGCAACAGCAGCGCGCGACCCGGCGAUGGAGCUGCACGGAUCGCAUGCACCGUCCACCGCUCCGCCUUCCUCGCCGUCAAUGGCGCGCGCGAUUGACCACUCCACGCGCGCCGCGGCGGCGUCGUUCCUCCGCGACGAGCUCCCCCAGGUGCUCGCGAGAGCAGCUGAGCUGGCGGCCGUGGAGGACCCCGAGACAGAGCCCUACCGAUCCAAGUAUGCGGCUGCUACCGCACUGGAGGCAUCACGAGGCAAGGCGGACAUGCUGCUGCGCGUCUUUCAGGCUGCUGCCUCGCCUCACCCUGCUACUGAUGCUGCUGCUGAUGCUGCUGGUGCCGGCAGGGAGGACACGGCCAGGGCAUCGGACCUGGCGGACGCGGUGGCGGUGCUGGACUACAAGAGGGGCGCCUUAGCUGCUGACGUGGACGAGGUCACGCGCGCCAAGAGCCUGCUGACAGCAGCAGAUGCACAGCUGCAGCUCAACGACGCCAAGCACCUGCGCUCGCUCAUUGACGUGUGCAACCUGCUGGGGCUGCUCACCAGCAAUGACGACGACCACAAGGCGUCGCUAGCAUUCCUCGUCAGAGCUCACAAAUACUACCAUCGCUAUCUGGGCAUGUGGUCGCAGGCAGCAGGGGAGGUGAUGGAGGAGGGCGGCGAGGGCAGGCAGGGCGGGGAGGAGGAGGCGAGGGAGGUGGAGUCGCUGCACACCAUCACCACCUUCUACCUCGCGCAGACGCUGGCAGCGAUGGGCAAGAAGCGCCGCGCGGCGGCCUUCUGUGCGGCGACGCUGACGCGGCAGCUGCGGCUGCGGCAGCAGUUCCGAGCGUGGGACUGGGCGCAGAACUGCGCGCAGCUGGCGGGGUACUACCUGGGGCGCGACGAGUUCACCACCGCGCUGCACUGCCUCGCCGCUGCCAGCACUGUGGUCGCCAGGCACAGGGCGGGGCAGCCCGUGCUGCCGGGGGGCAAUGGGGCGGACACAGGGGGGGCGGGGGCGGAUGCAGGCAAGGGCGAUGACGAGCAGGUGCGGGAGGUGGCGGCCAACAUUGAGAUCGGCGUGGGGAAAGUUCACCUGCGUGUGCUGCAGCGGUCGGUGGAGCUGGACGCCGCCCAGCCAGAUGCCGCUGCUGCUGCCAACCCUGCCGCCACUCCCACACCCGCUGCUGCUGCUGCCAGCAGCACCGCAGCAGCCCCAAGCAGCGAUGCCUCUGCUGUCACUGCCCCGUCGGGUGCAGGUGCUGCUGCGGGGAGCAUGGAGGUGGAUGGCGGGAGGAGAGAGGGGCAGCAUGAGGGGGAUGUGGACAUGGGGGAGGGUGGGGAGGAGGGGGACGGGGAGGCCAGUGAGCGGUGGGCGGGCGAGGGCGAUGUGGACAUUGCCCUGGGGCCCGACUUCUCCCUGCUGGGGCUGGACCCCCAUGCAGGCACAUGCGCGCGCAUGCAGGCAGAUGGGGGGGGAACUGGGGGAGAGAGGGGGGCAAGUGGAGGGGCGGAGGGCGAGGGCGAGGGGGAUGUGGUGCGGGAGUAUUCGCACGCCGUUAUCCACUUCAACAAGGCCAUGGCUGCAUUCAAGGCUGCUCUCGAGGUGUACACGAGUUCGGACCGCUUCUCAGACCACUUUGACAUCGCCAUGGACAUCAGCACACUGCACCGGUACCUGGCGUACUUUGAGCCGAGCGCCCACCGAGCAGCGUUGAUCCACCAGCGCCGGGCCACGCGCCUGCUGCCCCUGGCGGGCGCCAUCAACCCGUCCGUGUACCCCUCCCAGGCCGCUCAGUGCGUGCACGAGCUGGCGUCCAUUGCGCUGAACGCCAUGGAGCUGGAGGCCGACGCUGCCAGGGCCCCUGCCAAGAUCAUCGAGCCGGGCAAGCAGGCCAUCCACUACUUUGACCGCUUCAUCGCGCUCAUGCAGUCCUCCAACCCCCAGGACACAGACGCUGCUCGCUACGUGUACGCUCACUUCCACGCGGCGCGCACGCACUACCGCAUCUGCACACUGCUGCCACCGCAAGACGGCAGGGAUCAUCUGCAGCACAGCUUGAACUACUUCAGCAAGUUCCUUGAGCAGGCGGCACGCAUGGGGCUGCAGGAGCAGCUGCAGGCAGAGGUGGGGGUGGCCAAGGAGAUGGUGCAGCUGCUGCCCACCAAGCUUGCCGCUGACCUCUCACGCCUCUCCAUUUCUUGACCACUUCAUCUCCAGCUCCUCUCUCCACCGUCCCCUCCCCCUCCCUGCACUCACACCUCUCUCCAUCCCCUGCCUCUUGACCUCGCCGCACUUGCUUGCUAGACAUGGCACUAGUGAACACCUGCUCAAUUGCCUGUCUAUUUUCCAGUUCGAUGUAGGACCGUGGCUAACAUUUUUUUCUGGAAUUGGAUGAUCUCUCAUUGUGCAAGCUAAUGGAACUUCGGAUUGUAUAAAUUGUCGAGGUCGGA